AGCGCUGUGGAAUGUUUUCUCCUCCCCAGACAGGUCGUGGCACAGCUGCCCCAUGGCAUCGCUGCCUGUAUGGGAACUGCUGAGUCCUGGCCUGACCCACUGACAGAUCACCUGGAGAAAGGACCCGGUCAGCCAUGUGUGAGAGAGAAAGCUGCUGAACAGAGUAAAGAAGAGACUGAGCAUUCCGAUCUGGAUAGAAUUGGCACAGGCACCAGGUACAGAACAUACCCAAAGACAAUGGGUUGCUAACAGACAUUGUAUGGAAACAUAAUGGAGCAACAGCUUCGGACCAUUGUGAGCCUGAGAUGCUCAACCAAUGAGUGCCAGGAGAGGCUUUGCCUGUGUGGGACCCAGGGGAGAAAACGGAGUGGAUUUCACUGAUCAGGUGCGCAAUUUCUGCCUUGGCAGUAGGGGGCGUGCGCCCGUUGUUGCAAUCAUGGACAAACUGCUCUUCACAGAGAUCUCGGCCUGAUUCGAAAUUGUAGACCUGGAGCGUGUUUCUCACAAAGCUGCAAACAUCAGCCCGAGCUCCAAGGUGGGCGAGGAGGGCCCAGGGAGCAAAGGGCUUCACCGUGGUGCUGGGCAUAAGAGACAUAACACUGCUUUCUGUGUGCGCUGCUGUAUGCGGGACAGCCGGCAUUGCAGUGGUGAAUAAAGCCCGCUUUGAUCAGAGAUAGUGUCCUGAUGAAUUCCUUGGGUAUAACCAACAGGUGCGGGUUCUCCUUUCCCCCCAUGAUGGCUCAGAGCCAAGCACAGCUGUGUGGGUUGGGCUCUGUACUGCAAAGGACCUCCCACCAACUGUGUGAACCAAACAAAAUGAACUUUGAAAGAUGUAGCAUGUCCACAGGAAUGCUCUGUAGGCGUGGUUUGGCUUCCCCAGACAGAUCCUCUGCCUGCACACGCUGCUCAGCUGAAUGCAGUCUGUGCAAACACCAAUACUGAAGCACAAGGUUUCCACGCCUGCAGAGGGAGAACGACUGAACCAUUCGUCAGAGCACAAAGCAGCACCAGAACCCCCAGCACACCAGAGGAGAAGGAUCCCAACAGGUUCUGACCCCCAGCUCCCAGAAGAGGAUGUGCAGAUAUCGCUGCUGGAGUCCAAUACUUCCACACCCGCUAUGGGAGAAGGAGACCAACAGGAAACAUUUUUAGAGCACCAAGCAGCACCGGAGCCUCUUGGGCAGAGUGGAGGACUCCAAUGGGGUUCCUCGUGCCAUGGGAUGGGAAGAAGGACAUCCUGUGUGCAGCUCACUGCCGUGCAUGCAGCGCUGGGAGCACUCAUCCUCGUGCUGGUGGUGAUAUUGACCGUGUGUUGGCGGGCCCCCAUCCCACCUUUCCCAGGCUUUGCCCACGUGUGCCCCAACGCCUGGGUCGGAUUCCAGGGGAAAUGCUGUUAUUUUUUGAAGGGGGAGAAUGAUUGGAACAGCAGCAGGGAGCACUGCAAUGCCCACGGAGCUUCCCUGGCCACCAUAGGCAGUGAAGAUGAGAUGGAUUUCAUGAUGCGCUUCCAGGGCCCGGCAAACUGUUGGAUCGGGCUGCACAGGGAAGAAGAGGACGCCCAGUGGACAUGGAGCGAUGGCACAGCCUUCACCAACUGGUUUGAGCUGAGAGGUGGAGGCCGAUGUGCGUACCUGAACGGGGACAGGAUCAGCUCAUCCCUGUGCCACCUACACAAGCACUGGGUCUGCAGCAGAGCUGACCACUACGUCCUCUGGAAGCAAAAGGCGCACCCACAAUGAGAGACCCCACCACCAUGUCAGGACCCGGUCAGACAUGUGUGAGAGGUACAGAACAUACCCAAAGACAAUGGGUUGCUAACAGACAUUGUAUGGAAACAUAAUGGAGCAACAGCUUCGGACCAUUGUGAGCCUGAGAUGCUCAACCAAUGAGUGCCAGGAGAGGCUUUGCCUGUGUGGGACCCAGGGGAGAAAACGGAGUGGAUUUCACUGAUCAGGUGCGCAAUUUCUGCCUUGGCAGUAGGGGGCGUGCGCCCGUUGUUGCAAUCAUGGACAAACUGCUCUUCACAGAGAUCUCGGCCUGAUUCGAAAUUGUAGACCUGGAGCGUGUUUCUCACAAAGCUGCAAACAUCAGCCCGAGCUCCAAGGUGGGCGAGGAGGGCCCAGGGAGCAAAGGGCUUCACCGUGGUGCUGGGCAUAAGAGACAUAACACUGCUUUCUGUGUGCGCUGCUGUAUGCGGGACAGCCGGCAUUGCAGUGGUGAAUAAAGCCCGCUUUGAUCAGA